AUGACGGAUGUAGUAGAUGCUGCCUCUAGUCGUUUUUUUAGCGAAAGCACAUCGCCGCUAGGGCGACAGUUUUCAAUAAUAUUUCUUAAUUUGCAGACUGCACCCGACAAUCGUCGUCGCCGUGUAGAUGAGUGUCUCUCUGCCCUUUUGGAUCUUCUGGUCGCACAUAUCAAAGAGGUGAGUGAGCAUACCUUUAUGGAUUAUCUUUUUCAACUUGUAGGGGAUACAUUUGGUGUUUCUAUUGAAAGAGGUAUUCUAGCUCUUCGUGUUGUAUUUGAUGUGCAUGUUGGUGAUCAACAUGAAGAGCGUUCUCGAUGUCUUCAACUUCUUAUGCGACAGGCAUUAAGUGCAAAAAGUGAAGAAGCAUGCACUGCUAUUCUGCAUGAAUUUGGUGAAGUUUUACAAGAAAACGUACGUUCUACAUCUGAUUUACUUGGUAAACACCUUAAUAGUGCAAUAUCGGAACUUCGAAGUGAAAGAUCCGUACAACGAAAGGCUAUAGGAUGGCAAAUACUUGCAACCAUAGUAGAAACUAGUUCAGGUGUAGUUAAGAGGCAUCCUCCUCUUUUGGAUUCUCUUAAUUCAUCAUGUAAGCCUUUUUUGUUGUUAAAGGAAAUUAUUGAGAGUUCUUCUAUGUGGCAUCGUCAUGCUUUAUCAAGUUUGCUUAAAAACAUUAUGGAAAAUCAUUGCAUUGAAUUAGUUGCAUCAGAGGCUACAAAAAUGUCUGAUAUAUUAUCAGAUUAUAUGAAGAUAGUCUCUGAAGAAGAACCUAUUAUUGGUGUACUAACAGCUGUAAAAACUAUAGCAUCUUCACCUAUAUUACAAGGAGGGGUGCCUUGGUCAUUAAAAACAAUUAGUUCAUUUUUUAUUGAACGUGAUUGGAAAAAUUAUUCAAAAAAUGUUCGGGUGAUGGUGGCUCAAUCUACUGGAAAGAUACUUUGUUUAUUUACAAAGAAUGAACAAUUCUAUGAUAAGAUUAUGCAAUGUUUUUUGUCUUAUAUAUCUGAUGCUGAAGAAGAAGUCGCUUUAUCUGCUCUUACUACUUUUUACGAUAUUUCGGGAUAUAUGAAAAUAAUACCAUACGUUGAAUCUGCUGUGAAUACUAUUCGAGUAUUUAUUAUUACAUUUCCAUUUCAUCCAAUCGCCUUUGACACGCUGGAACGACUUCGCGCAGGGAGUGGAGAUAUUUAUUUCUCCCCCAUUUACGACUUGCUGGAUAUUAGCGCUAAUGACAUGCGGUGGGCGGAUCUGCAGAAAGUGAACGCCCUCCUGCGAUUCCUCGGCGACCGCCGCCCGCACAUCCGCGAGCGCUUCGCGGCCCUCCCGCUCGAUCUUUCGCCCGGCCAGACGGUCGAAGUCAUCCGCCGCGCCCUCCCGCUCGUCGCGACGCUGCGCCGCACCGCCCAACUCCACGAGGCCGUCGAGUUGAUGUUCCACGAGAACGUCGGCGUGCGGCGGGAGGCCGUUGCGGCAGUCGUGGCCCUCUGCGAGGCGCUUCUCCGCCGCGGCGACGGCCCGCACGAGGGACGGGCCCCGACACAUCGCAUCAACGCCGAUGUGGCCGCAGCGACCGGCCGGUUGUUGGAUGUCGCCGUGGCAGACCCAGACGCGGAUAUACGCUACGACGUUCUCUGUAGUCUCGAACCCGUCUUUGAUGCCUAUCUCGCCCUACCAGAUAAUUUAGAUGCACUCUUUAUGGCACGAAAAGAUGUCUGUAGACAAGCACGUGAUCGUACUCUCGUCCUUUUAUGUAGACUUAUGCCGUGUCACCCUGCCUUUGUGCAUCCACAUCUUUUACAACUACAGGAGUAUAUGCUUCGUGAGAUUGAGGCAAAGGAUGGUUCUAUGUUUACCGCCACCUAUCUCGCAUCUCUACUACAAAUGGUAAUAGAACAUAAUGCACUCUUACUUCAACCAAUGACAGUAGAAACUAUUGUAUUAGCAAGAUUAGAGACACAUUCAUUUGCAUGUAAGAGUUUUUCUAUUGCUCUUUUAAAUUUGUUAAAAGCCGUUUUGGAUCAUACAGGCCCACAAAAUCAUUGUGAUGCCAGACAAAUUCUUCAACCUGUUAUUAGUAUUGUAAAUGUUAGUACUUCUUCUAAGCGUCGUAAAGCAGCUCUUGAAACAUUGUGUUCGGUUUUAACUACUAUAUCUAUUUCAGAUCAAGCUACUUACUUAGAUGUGUACCGUGCUCUUACUCGUAUUAUAAGAUCUGAAGCAGAAGAGGAUGAAAGUGUUAAUUAUGAAGCAGUACGUGCUCUUAGUGUUAUUGGGGCUGUAAACCCAAUAAGAAUUCGUGGACUUUUAGAAACUCUUCAAGAAGAUGAAAUUGAAGAAGAAGAAGAAGUGGUAACUCCAGGUUUAGCACAUUAUAAACCACGUAUGCGUGCACAUCCCCAGAUGGAUGACCGAUACCCAUCUAUUGUUUUAUAUUUUUUAGUAAAAACUCUUCAACAAUCUGCAGAUUCUGAACAACAAGCAGAUACUAUUGCUACUAUAAAUUCUAUGAUACGUGAAGCUUCUGGAAAACAAAAAGCGGUUUUACUUACCCAGUUUCUUCCACAACUUCAAACAUGGUUAGUUGAACCUGAGAAGGCCCAUUUAUAUGAAGGUAUUCUUCUUCUUAUGACAGAAUUAGCAUCUUUAUUGAGACAAUAUAAGGAAAUUAUAGGACCUAAUACAGGUUCUGAACUUCUUAAAUCUGUACGUCUCUUUUGUGCACUUCCACAAGCUUCUCAAGCUCCUCUUAAUGCUGGUGUUGUAGAAUUAUUAGAUGAAGUUGCUCGUGGACUUUCUGCUCAAGAAAUGCGUGAUCAUAGAUGGGCAGUUGAAUUUAUUCAUCAAUGUCUAUCACAAGAUAAACAAGAUCUUGCUCUGGUUCUUCGUGCUGUAAAAUCACUUGAUUCUUUUUUAGAGGUAUUACAUGAAAAAGAUCUUCAAGUGGUAUUACCACAUGUUCUCCAAUGUAUAGAUCCAGUAGAUUCAAUUUCCAGUACAUCUGGAGCUAAAACAAAGGAGAUUAAUACAGCAUGUCUUGAUUUUCUUAAUCAGAUUAUGUUAAAACAAUCAUCUUUAGUGAAAGAUUGUUGUGCUGAAAUUGUUCACACCAUUUUAUGGUAUAUUGGAAAUGCUCAAAGCCGAGAUGAGAUGGAAAUGGGAUUUAAUACACUUGCUUUCCUUGUAGAAGUUGUAAAACAUCCUGCUAGAAGGUUUAUUCGUCCUAUUCAACUUCUUGCAAAGAAAAAAGGUUACCCAGAGACAUUUUUCAAAGAGUUAAUUCAGUCUGCUGCACAAGGUUUUUUAAAGGUUCGUGUACCUGCGAGUAAGCAUGAUAAACUCAAUCCCCAAUUACCUCUUAGUGUUAUUUCACAUCUACCAGGAUUAUCAAGAAAAGAUUUUGAGGAUGAAAUGAUGAAUGCACUACACUUGGGUCGUAAUGACUUUGAAGUUAUGGGCGUUUCUCAUCCAACUGGGCAAACGAUUAUUCACUUCCGUUUUUUUCAAAGCGAAGAUUCUGCAUUAAAUUUUCACUCUUUUACAAGGAAAGCGCAAGAGAUACAAUCAACCUUAAGACGUAAUUUGGGUAUUCUUAAGUUAGAUCAAACACAAACAACAGAGUGUAAAGUAGAUGAGGAUCUUUUACGGAAAAUAUCAACUAUUCCAUCUGCUAAUAAGAAAAAACGUGAACAAUCGUGGAUUGCCUGGUUACAUAAUACAUCAGUAGCUAUGUUAAAAAAUUCUCCAAUUCAACCUUUACGUUCUACAACUGUAUUAGCUGAUAAUAAUAUUGAUCUUUCACGUGAUCUUUUUUCAUUUGCAGCAGCGGCUUUUAUUACUCAAUUAGAUAAAGCACAACGGACACUUGUGAUGAAUACUUUUACACGUGCAGCAGAAAUGUCACCAAAUGAUAUUAAACAAGUUCUUUUCGCAUUUGAAGAAUUUUUAGAAUCAGAACGUGGAAAAGAGGAAACUAAACUUGUUAAGAGGAUAGAAUCCAGAGUUUGCGUUGUAGAACGUGAAGAUGUUCAAAGAAAAUUUGGUAUUAACUAUGAUCAAAGUGGAGGAGAUAUAGUAGUUACCAAAUUAGAACCUAAUGGACCUGGUGCAAGAGCAGGAGUUCCUGUUGGUGCUAUUCUUAUUUCUAUUAAUGGAAAAAAAAUAACUGCUGUAAAUGAAAUUGUUGCAACUAUUAAAGGUCUUAAUAAGAUUGAACUCUUACUCUCUUAUGAAGUUGAAGAACGACAAAAAUUGGAAUCUAAACCACUUAUGGAUAUUGAUGUUUUAGCUCGUGUAGCUUUUGAUUCCCAAAUGCAUGCUAAAGCUAUUUUUCUUAAUGAAGUUCUUUUUGACCAACUUUUCAGUGAAUUGGGAGAUCAAGUUUCGGGUCGUCAAGAUGCUGCUGUACGUCGAGCAUUAGAAGUAGCGGAACGACUCAUUGGUUUCUAUGGACAUCUUGGAUUAACGAUGGUGGCUGAAGGACUAGUAAAAAAAAUAUCCGCUAAAUUUUCAGGAAAUAUUAUUGCACCUGAACAAUUUGGUUUUGAUGAAGUUGGUACACUGGAACAAUUAAAUUGGUGGGGAGAUGCGUUAAUUCGUUAUCAGUCUCGAAUGACGAAUACAGAUGGUUCAUUGGAUGUAUCUUCUUUCUUAGGGACUUUACGUUGUUACGAUGCUCUUGGAGAGACUGUUACGAUGGAGGAACACAUUAAUGUCAAUUGGGAUAAAUUAGAUCACAACUCUAGACUUGAAGUGGCUCCAUUAAAAGCAAAGGCUGCACUCUCUUUAGGUAAAUGGCGUCAAUUUGAUGAAUUAAUAGAACAACCUGCUGUAGUUGAACGAUUAGAAAUGGUUGAACAUUGUGCGGCACUUUUUCGUCAACAACGAUACCAGGAACUUCUUAAAUUUGUAGAAGAACGAAGAGAAUCUCUUUUUGAUCCUUUUUCAGAAUCUCUUAUGGAAAGUUAUAAUCGUUCUUAUGAUACUUUGGUACAAUUACAACAUUUAAGACAUUUUGAAGAACUUGUUUCUUUUGUUACUUCUGAUAAUGAGCGCCGAAAUAUGUUAAGAGAGUUAUGGCAAAGACGUUUAAUGCAUAUGUCUUCACGUCCUGCUCAUGUGAAAACACUUGUUACGAUUAACUCUCUUGUACUUUCACCUGAAGAAGAUUUAACUUCACAAAUUGUUUGUAUACGUACUUUAUCCAAAUCACAAUGGACUUCUCUGGGAAAUCAUAUGUUAAAUUUACUUUUAGGACCUAACAGAGGAUCAGAAACUUUAUGUCAUCGAGAUCCUGAUGUUAUUCAUGCUUAUAUGAAACAUUGUUAUGCUACAGAUAAUAAACAUGAAACUUUUACUCUUUUAUCUGAUAUUCUUACCGGUGUAAAAGUUUCUCCUGGUGAUGAUCGUGCAGAAGCAUGGGGAUCUUGUUGGUUAUUAUUAGGAGAAUGGACUAUGCAUCUAUUUCCUGAAAGAGGAAAUGAGGCAAUUGAAAAACUUAAAAGGGCAACAGAAUUAAGUCCUAAAAGUUAUGCAGCAUUUCACUCUUUAGGUAUUUUACAUCAUGAUCUUUCCCGUGAUCCUAAUACACCAUUAGAAGUUCAAACAGAACAUCAUGUAAAUUCUAUUUCAGCACUUUUUAACUCUGUGAAAUUAUCAAAGAGUCAAACUAAUGGUGUUAUGGAAGAUGUACUUCGUAUACUUUCUAUUUGGUUUUCAUAUAGUACGGUAAAAGAGGUAAAUGAUGUGAUAAAGGAAGGUAUUAGUAAAGUUCCAGUUUGCGUUUGGCUUAAUGUUAUUCCUCAACUUGUAGCACGAAUAGGUAUUACGGCUAAACUUGCAAGAACUAUUCUUACAGAAUUACUUGUUUUAGUUGGUUCAGAAUAUCCUCAUGCUCUUAUUUACCCUCUUACAGUGACAGAGAAAUCACCAGAAGCUAUUAGACGAUUAAUGGCAGAACGUGUACUUAAAGGAAUUCGAGUUUCUAAUGAUACUAUGGUUAAAGAAGCAUCUUUAAUAAGUAAUGAAAUGGUUCGUAUCGCUAUUUUAUGGUCAGAAAAAUGGAUUAGUUCUAUUCAUCGAGCUGCAUCUACAGUAAAUGAUGCAGAUGCUAUUUUACGUGUACUUAACCCUUUAUAUGAAGAGUUAGAGAAUCCUAGUACACCAAAUGAAACUAGUUUUGCAAAAACAUAUGGACAAGUAUUACAACGUGCCAAAGUAGCUUUAAAUAAUAAAAAUCUUGAUCAUGCAUGGGGUUUUUUAAAACAAGUUUAUGUUCAAUUAAAUAAAACAACAGGUGAACGAAGACUUCUUAUGGAGGAUGUUUCUCCAACACUUGGUGGUAUUAGUAAAAGUAAUGUUGCCGUACCUGGAACUUUUGUACUUGGUCAACAACUUAUUACUAUUCAAAAAUUUCAUCAACGUGUAAUAGUAAUGCCAUCUAAACAAAAACCACGUAGAUUUGGUUUAGAUGCUUCUGAUGGAGGAAAAUAUCGUUUCCUUUUAAAAGGUCAUGAAGAUUUACGUCAAGAUGAACGUGUUAUGCAAUUUAUUGAGUUAAUUAAUACCAUUUUUUCUUCAGAUAGUUCAGCUAGUGCAAUUGGUCUUGCUAUUUCUCGAUAUGCUGUAAUUCCAUUAACAGAUAAUGUUGGUAUUAUUGGAUGGGUAGAAAAUACAGAAACUAUAUACAAAAUGUUAGAAACGAGACGUAAAGAAUAUGGUAUCUCUAUUUAUGAAGAAGUAAACUUAAUUGUAAAACUUGGAGGAUUACAAAACAUAGCAGAUUAUCAUAGUCAAGCCAAACAACAAAGGAAACAUUUAUUAAGUCAAGCUAUGAAUAAAACACCAGAUGAUGAGUUACAGAGUAUUAUUUGGGAUAAAAAUGACACAUGUGAACAAUGGCUUCAAUACAGAGGGACUUAUGGUCAUACAUUAGCGAUUAUGUCUAUUGUUGGUUAUGUUUUAGGACUUGGUGAUCGACACCUUAAUAAUUUGAUGUUACAAGAUAAAGGUUCUGUUGUACAUAUUGAUUUUGGUGAUUGUUUUGAAGUAGCUAUGCAUCGUGCUCAAUUUGCUGAGGCAGUACCAUUUCGACUAACACGAUUAUUGGUUAGAGCAUUAGGUAUAAGUGGAGUAGAUGGUGUGUACCGUCUAACUUGUGAAUUAGUGAUGAAAAACCUUCGUAGACACUGUGAAAAUUUAUUAUCUAUUCUUGAAGCUUUUAUUUAUGAUCCACUUAUUAAUUGGCGAUUAGCAAAUGUUGGAGAAGGCGAUAGAUCUUCUUCUCGUGUAGAGUCCCAGGCCAAGACGGGUGAUAAUCACGUCCUUGCCCCCGCAGAGAAAACUGCAGAGGACCCGCAGAUGCAGUUGUCGUAUUCGGUGAUGAAAGUACGCGAGCCGGUGGCCGCCGUGACGGUGGAUCAAAUGAACGAAGAGGAGACGCGCAACAUGCAGGGCGAUUUGGCCCUCGCCCGCGUCCGCGCGAAGUUAACCGGCGAGGAGUUCGGCGUGACGAAUGGGAGUUUUCUCCUGCAGGGCUCCAAGCGCGAGACGGGCGAUGACUCCGGCGAGGCCUCCCUGUGGGGCCUGCAGAGUUACGGCAACUCGCCCAAAGACUCCUUCGGCAACGGCGGGACGGUGCUGACAACGUACUUGUCGCUGCGGUACGUGAAGGGCGGCGACAACUGCCUCGACGUGCCGCAUCAAGUCGAUCGUCUCAUUAAGGAGGCGACAAGUCUCGAUAAUCUCGCAGAGGCAUACAUCACAGGAUGGGCACCGUUCUGGUAA